UAUAGCGGCAGGAGAAGGAGGAGGAGGCGCUUUUACAAGCAUAUAAAACCGAUUUUAAUGAGAUCCACGUAAAAAAAAAAAAACGGCGCCCUGAUGCUUACAUUUUUUUUUUAAAUCUUCGAGAUGGUGGUUGGGGAGGGGAGGUGAUUGAUGGGAUUUUUAAUUAAUUUGGAUGGGCUAAAAAAAAAAAUAAUGUCAGCAGUAUAUUUUUGACGCAUUGAUUGAAACGGAUCCAUGUGCCGAAGAUGAUUCGGCUGUAUAUGGCGCGUUGUUGUUGUGGUUCCGACGUCCUGGGACCAAUUGUGAGCGUGUCGAUGCAGCGGUUCAUUGAGAAAAAAAAUAAAUCCAUUCAGGAGACUCCUCAGCAGCUCUGCGUCAGUGUUGACGUCAGGAACAAUGAUAAAGUCAAAUAUUGAUCCGAAGAAGGCUAUUUCUGGUGAGGGAUAUGUCAAAACAAUACAACAUCCAGGGCACCCUGUGUCUUCUGAUCAUAUUGAGGUCAGCCAGGAUAUGAGUGCUCAGGACAAUCCAUUUGUUCCAACAGUUACAGCAAUAUCCUCCACCCCAGAUUUCCAGUGGAUGGUCCAGCCUACGAUUAUUACAUCUGUCUCCCCGUCUCUGGGCAGCAAGCAAGCCAAUGAACCGCAAAGCUCUCACCAGGCAACACCCAAAGCAGGCGGGAGCAAGGGAAAAAAUGCUGCCAGAAAGGGGAAAACGGAGCAGCUGUCUCCAGAGGAGGAGGAGAAGAAGCGGAUAAGACGGGAGAGGAAUAAAAUGGCUGCAGCAAAGUGUCGCAACAGACGGAGGGAGCUCACAGAUACGCUGCAAGCUGAGACCGACAAGCUGGAGGAGGAAAAAGCAGCCCUGGAGACGGAAAUAGCCAACCUGCUCAAAGAGAAAGAGCGCCUCGAGUUCAUCCUCGCCACACAUAAAUCAGUAUGCCAGAUCCCAGAGGAGCUGGAGUCCAUUUUACAGGCUUCGGUGAGUUCCCCAGAGCUGCCGCCCAGUCCGGAUGAGGACAGGCUUCAGGAUGAAGGCAUCCAGGAAGCUCCUUCACUCCAGGACAUGGACAUCCCCAGUGAUCCGUCCACAGCCAUCUCUGGGAACUCCAAUAUCUUGCUGUGUGCCAACGCUGAAAUCAACAUCUCCGAUCUGGAGCCCUCCCUGGACAUUAAGGAGGGGCUACUAGACAAUAUCCUACCCAGUCUGGAGGACAGGAUCCCCAUGGAGACGGCUCGAUCAGUGCCAGACAUAGACCUGAGCAGCUCCCUCGGCGUCUCGGACUGGGAGACCCUGUAUAAGUCUGUCUCCUGUGACCUGGAGCCUCUCAGCACUCCGGUGGUGACCUCCACCCCCACCUGCAGCAGCUACCUGUCUGUGUUCACGUUUGCGUGUCCCGAGCUGGACUCUCUCGCGGAGGAGGAACUGGACGGCCUUAAAGGCGGUCUGAGCAAGGCUGAAUCCGUUGAUAUUCUGAACUCACCAACGCUUCUCGCCUUGUAAUCCACAGAGAAAGGGAAGAGAUCUGCUGAUCUGUUUUUUUGGGGUUUUUUUUUUUUGGUUUGCAGGUACCUGACUUUAAAAUGAAAUCAACAACAUAUGCCCAGAUAUGCUGUAACUGUUCAAGGAAUACCUAAAUGAAUUGUCUUGUGUUUGACUGAGUAUGCAUAUAAACUUUGUUCUGAUACUUAGCCAACAGAGUGAUGUAGCUAAAAGCAUGGCUGUUAAUUCAACAAGAAGGACUGACGAUUUGGUUUCAAAAACGCAUGCAGAGGAAAUCCAAAUAAUUUUCAAAGCUUAUCUAUAGGUAUUCAUGAUCUGUUAAUGGAUCUAAAGUGUACUGUGCAAUUUGAUGUAUCUGUAUGGUGUUUUUUGUGCCAAAAGUGUAUUGAUCGCUGUAUGCAUUUACAUAUUCAUCCAUACCUCAAUGUCAUCAGCUGUGCUUUGUUGAAAUGUUGAAAGUUUUCCAUGAAAACAUCCAGUGCUAUACACUAUAUAUUAAUAUAUAUAUCUAUUGAGAUGUAACUUUUAUUUAUUUUUUUACCUUUCAGAUUUUGACUUAUUUGUCAACAUUUAAAAAAAAAGAGAGCAUUGAUUGCUUAUCUAUGCUGCUGACUAAUAAUAAAUCUAUGUUUCCAAUGGUG